GGGCGCAGCCGGAUCGUCCGCAGGAGUCGCGAUCGGGAUGGGGAAGAGCAGCCGUGGAGGCGGCCGGAGAUUUUGAAAGGUGAUAUGAAGUAUGCAUAGAAUUAUUGCGGCAACACAAAAGAAGAAAUGUGAUAUAUUGCCAAUAUUGAGAAAGAAGAAUCAGCAUAAAAUACCUGCAUACAAUACGAGCUAAGAACUCCUGAUUUUUGAUAGUUGCGACUUUAUUUUUAAAACUUUUAACAAUGAUACUACAUUAGAAUGUAAAAGAAAGAUGAACAUUAUCUAUAAGUAUUUUUACAGUUUUUCAGAUUACAUCAACUUUAUUCACUGGAGUUUCUGAUAUUCUUAUGCUCUAUUUUGACCAGAUUUUAAAAACUAUUUUCAUAAAUCAAAUAGAGCAUAACCACAUUAUUUAAGUGCAAGCUGAAGACUUGGAAGCAGGAUCACAGUGCCAUAAUUUUUUAAAGCCCAUUGUCUGAAUUGCCUUUGUUUAGCUCAGAUUACAAACAGUUUCCUUUAUAUAAGUCUAUAUUUGUUUCCUAAAUAAUGGCAUGGGUAAAAUUCUUGAGAAAACCUGGAGGAAAUCUUGGAAAAGUAUAUCAGCCUGGAAGUGUGAUGUCCCUGGCUCCCACCAAAGGCUUGUUAAAUGAACCAGGACAAAACAGCUGCUUUCUUAACAGUGCUGUACAGGUUUUAUGGCAACUUGAUAUAUUCCGUCGAAGUUUAAGAGGUCUCACGGGACAUGUUUGCCAAGGUGAUGCCUGCAUAUUUUGUGCUUUGAAGACAAUAUUUUCCCAAUUCCAACACAGUCGAGAAAAGGCUCUUCCUUCAAAUAACAUGAGGCAUGCCUUGGCUGAAAGUUUUAAAGAUGAACAGCGAUUUCAGCUUGGUUUUAUGGAUGAUGCAGCAGAAUGUUUUGAAAAUAUCCUUGAGAGAAUUCACUAUCACAUAGUACCAAGCAAUGGAACAGAUAUGUGCACUUCCAAAUCCUGCAUAACACAUCAAAAGUUUGCUAUGACAUUAUAUGAACAGUGUGUAUGUUGUACUUGUGGGGCAUCUUCAGACCCUUUACCUUUUACAGAAUUUGUACGUUACAUUUCAACAACAGCAUUAUGCAAUGAAAUUGAUAGAAUGGUGGAAAGACAUGAAAGACUCAAGCCAGAAAUGUUUGCUCAGCUGCUUCAGGCUGCAAAUACUACAGAUGACUUCAGAAACUGUCCUAGCAACUGUGGCCAAAGAAUUAAAAUUCGCCGUGUUCUAAUGAAUUCUCCAGAAAUAGUUACUAUUGGAUUAGUUUGGGAUUCUGAACAUUCUGACCUAACAGAAGAUGUCAUCCGAAAUCUGGCAACACAACUUUAUCUUCCAGGGUUAUUUUAUAGGGUUACUGAUGAACAUGCCAAAAACAGUGAGCUUUUUCUUGUGGGGAUGAUAUGCUAUGCAAGCAGACAUUAUUGUGCCUUCGCAUUUCACACGAAGAGUUGUAAAUGGGUUUUAUUUGAUGAUGCUAAUGUUAAAGAGGUUGGAACAAAAUGGAAAGAUGUGGUAUCCAAGUGCAUCCGGUGUCACUUUCAGCCAUUGCUAUUAUUUUAUGCAAACCCAGAUGGUACGCCGGUAUCAACAGAAGAUGCACUUCAGCAUAUAAUUCAUUGGUCACAUUAUAAAGCCUCUGCAGGAAAUGGAGAAGAAUUUGGAUUUGAGAAAUAUACUUUUCUUAAAUCAGAUUGUGUAAAGGAGAAUGGAUUUGAAGAAACUUCUAACCAGAAGAGUAAAAAAGUUCAGCUAGAAAACUUUACUAGGAACUAUACUCAACCUACUAAUAUCAGGGGGUCGAGUAAAUUGGGACAUAAUGAUCAUAGGGAAAAAACAAAAGAUCUUUCCAGAGAAUGUGCUCAAAAGGCAGCUGAGAUGAAAAGUAACCCAUCAUCAUUAAGAAAAAAUCCUGACAGAGGAUCCAGGAGAGAAUCUGGGAAACAAAAAGAUCUAUCAGGAGAAAUACACACUAAUCUUAAACCAGGAUCACCACCUUCUGGAACUGGAUUUAGGCAUCAUUCCAAUGAACAUCUAUAUGGAAGUCAAGGGAGAGGAUCUUAUCGACAUGAAAAGGUGCACAAUCAAAUUAGAUCCACUGUACAGAUAUUCAACUCAAAUAAAACAGAAGAUGGAGCGAAGGUGAACCGUAUGAAAACUGACAACACAGCUGGUUAUGAAACAGAUAGUAGCCAAGAUUCCAAAGAUAAAGGAAGCAUCAGUAGCAGCAGAAGUCGAAGCAGAGGCUGGAAACCCAUGCGAGAAACACUGAAUGUUGAUAGCAUCUUUAUUGAUUCAGAGAAAAGAGAGCACAGCUCAAAAUCCAAGCUAAAUGCAAGCAAUAAACCAAAACAUGAAAAGGAGCAGAGUUCAAUCAACUGCCCCAAAGAAAUUCAGAGCCUGAAGGGUCUGAUGACUAUAUAUGAAGAUGAAGGAAAACAAGGAGGAAGCCAGAAUUCACUGGAUUUGGAAAAGAAACGAAAUAGAGAAAAAACAACAGGAUUUAUAGAGAGAAAGGCUCAUCCUGAUAAUUGGCAGGCACAAAGGACUGAAUCUGGCUAUGAAAGCAGUGAUCAUAUCAGCAAUGCAUCUGCUAAUUUGGAUUCACCAGUUGCUGAAGGAAACAGCUCAGUUGAUCCCAACAAUCUGAAAGAAAACAUUUUCUGCAGUGACCAAAAUCUAUCAGUUAGAUAUUCUGGAAAUGUCUUGCAGUCUUUCUCCCAGCUGAACAAAAACUCUUUGGAAGCACUGAGGAAAGAUGAAGUUAAUACGCAUGUUAACUACAAGCCACCUAACUUCUCAUCAACUUCUCAUCUGCAGAUACAAAGGACUGACAUACCAGAUUGCAAUAAGAAGUCUUUACCUACGUUAACAGUGCAGACAGCUUUAAAAGAUCACAUUGAAAAAGAAAUAAGAAACAGUACAAUCAAUGAGCAAAGCUCUUUACCACAGUCUGGUGAAAAUGUACCUACUGAGACAAAUACUUAUAGUGCUGACAGUUCAGUUUUUUCUUAUAUUGGAGAGCAUGGAAUCAUUUCUGAAAGAGUUCAAAACAACUGUGAAUCUUCAUCUACCAGUUUGCCAGUCCCCUGCCCAGUAUCUCAUACAAAGACCGUUAAUUCUACUCCUGCUCUUGCAUUUUUCUUACAACAGAAUAAAACCAAGCCUUGUUGUACUGAAUCUGCUCCCUCUACUGGACAUAAAACCAGCAUGUACAGGAACAAGUAUGAUGAUGCAACAGAAACAGUUUACCAAAAUCUUCCACCACCUUUACCACCAAAGAAAUAUACUUUGUCCCAUUUGCAUGGCAUAGAACAAGAAUCCACUGUGGAGUUAAACUUUAGAGAUCAUCCAAAAAUUGAAAAGCAAGUUGCUAUUGCUACUUCAAAAAGUAUACCAGAAACAAGUUCAUUUGGAAAUGAAGAAAGAUUAAAAGCAUUUCAUUGCAAUGAGUCCUCUAAGAUGAGUUUUUCACCAAGUUCGUUAGGAAAGGAUUUAUGCACCAUAUCCAGUAAUCCUUUAAACAAACAGACUUGUUUUAUUGAACCAAAUUCUAGUUCCCUGGAUGCAAAUGCAAAUGAUGUUAUAUCACUUACUACUUAUUUCUCAGUUGAUAACUGUAUGACCGAUACCUAUAGAAUUAAAUACCACCAGCGACCAAAACUGUAUUUUGCAGAUACUAGUGGGACAAACAAAGAGAGAUCUUUGUUAGCCACUGGAAUGCAGUUGGACACGUCUUACCACCACACUUCUGAAUCAAACCAUCCCACAGCUCAGCAAAAGCAUAAAUAAUAUUGGAAAUGUGUAGUGUAAUACGAAUGAUUUGGGGAUGAAUAUAAAUCCUUAGAACUCCAACCUAAUGUGAUGUUUAAGUUUACAUACUUUAGCUACAUUUCAUUUGGAAAGUACACAUUAAUGAACUGUCCCUUGCAUGUGCAUGUGGGAUCAAGAAAUAUCAAAGAUGGUUUUAUCUUGUGGAAAUGCUGGUUUUGCAUAAGUUCAAUUAAAGUGGCUAUUCUUUUAAAUGAGGAACUUAUAUUUAAAUUGCUUUCAUAUGAUAAAUAGAUGAAGCUUUUUUAAAAUAAAAGCUUGAAUACCAUUUCUUUUAAAAAUGACUUGAUUUAGAACAUUUCAAAAUACCAUAAAUACAUUUGAAAGUAGGUUUUGGAUUUGAUUUCCAUAGUUGGUUAAAAUUUCACACUAAUUAUAGCACUUUUAUAGGUUAUAAAAACCUAAAUCAUGUAUCCAUUUUCAAUUCCCAUAUGAAGACCAUAGAACAUUUUUAAGUAUUUAAAUUUAUUUUAAAUGUUAAAUUCUCAUGAAAAAAUAUUUCACAAAAUUUGAAAUGGAGAGUGUGAUAUAUCAUCUCAGAGAAGCCCUUUUACAGAUAAGUUGACCCUCACCAGUGUGUAAAGUAAUUUGUACUGCUUUAAAGAAACAUGAUUGAAAUAGAAGGAUUAUUCUUAUGCACCAAAGGAUACAUGCAAUAACAAGGUAGUAUGAUCUUUAUAAUGGCCUUGAGAGUUUUUGUCUCCUUUUGAAAAUUGUGUUCUUUAUGAAAAGUUUGCCACAAAAGGAGAUUUUUAAUGAUAUGAAAUGUUUACAUGCAUUUUUUUUUUCAUGUAAAGGCACUUUCAAGCUUGCUAUGUAAAAAUUGAAUAUAGUCUACAUACACUGUACUACCUCAGUAUGACAAUAUGGGAUUAUUUUUAGUACGUAUGUAUAGCAUAUAUUUAUAUAUACACAUACGUGUGUGUGUGUAUGCACACGCGUACUGUAUAUAUUAUGCUUAGUGUAUGUACACACACACACACACACACAUAUAUAUAUACACACACACACACAAAGUAUGUGUUGUGUGUCAUGUGUGUAUAUAUCAGAAGUGUGUCAAACACUUCAGUUUUGAAAUGCUCCCUUUCAAGUGAAAGAUAUAGAGAGAGCCUUAUUGGUUGAUAUAGAUGGGCUGCAUGUUGUAGCAAUUUUCCAGGCUUUUGUGUCUGAUCUCAUUUUGUAGUUAUGACUUCCUUGUGAACUGAUUAGCUCCAGGACAAAACUUUCACAGUGUGAAAUAUUGCAUUUUCUACACAGUUACAAGUGUAUUAAAUUGGCUUCCUAAGAAGCAUGAUUCGUGUUAAUGAACUGAAUAGCCAGAGAGUAACAAGGAAAGUAUUUAUGAAAUACUUAAAAAUUCUGGUUGUGAGAUAUUUAGAACUUUUGUAAGAAAGUGAAAAAGUGCAUUAAAUGGGUAUUCACUUCCCCUUAUAUUCAGGUACUCUUAAUUAGAAAUUUAAUAGUCACACUACUGUUUGCCAUAUGAGAGUAGCAGCAUAAGAAAUUUUAUGACAGAAUUAUUUUAAAACUCCUUGUUAGACAAAUCAAUAAUCUGUUAAAUGCUGGAAGCAUAUGCUGAUAUUAGAAAUAUGCACAGAAUGAUAUAUAAUCAUUAAAAAUUUACAUUUUUUGUAGACAAAUAUUAACCAUUUAUCUAUUUUCUUGAAUCAGUUAUGCAGGAUCUCAUUAUCUUUUAAAUAUUUGAAAUAAUGCCUUAAUGAAGUCUUAGAUUUUAUUUUAAUAUACAGUAUAUAUUAUGGUAGCUAGAGUUUUAAACAAUAGUUUCUUGCAUUGUGCAGUAUUUUAAAUACAAAAAUUAUGCAUAGCAGUUGUUUGUAAUAAAAAUAUUUAAGUAUAUUGUUGGGCUGCAAAAAUGUGAUAAAUUGUAUAAAUAUAUUUUUAUAUUAAAGCUGCUGUAGAGAAUAUUUAAAUCAUUGCAUGUAUAAAAAGUACUCUGAUUUUCUUAAAACCUUUCUUUGAUACUACCAGCAGAGGCACAAAGAUGGAUUCUGAUCAAUUCAGGCCGAAGAUAUUCCUUUUUAAAGAUUGAAAUGGAAUAUAUAUGCAGUUGUUAGGUAAAAAUGUAUGACACUGUAACUUUAAAAAAAAAAUUAUAAGGAUUUUCUAUUAAACUGACUACAAAGAUGGUCCUAAAAAUGUAAAUAUGUUUUAGUUUUUAGCAUGAUAGCUGCUAUGUAUUUUGGAAUACUCCAUUAUAAGUUUGCACUAUAAUUGGAUUAAUACAAAUGCAAAUUGUGACUUUGGCCAAAUGGGGAAAAUGCUAUUACAAUUGGUGAUUGGGCCUAUUCAGAACAUUAUUAGUAGUGUAAAAUAGUGGUACUUGCAUGCUUCCCUUCAAUAAGGAAUAUGAUUAUGUUAAAGUUCCACAUUUAUGUUAAUGAAGGAGUCUUCCUGCUCUCUAAAUUUUCAGGGACAAUGUCUGAAAAAUAUUGGCAGUGCUUGACUUACGACCAUUUGUUCAAUGGCCCUUUGAAGUCACAAUGGCCCUGGAAAAAGUGGCUUGUGACCACGUCUGGCACUUAACCACCAUUGUAAAAAUUGCUCUAUCAUAUGAUUGUGAUCUGAGUAUUUGAUCCCUGUUGAAGUGUCAUGGGAUCACCAUUUGUGACCUUCCCUGUCAGCUUCCGGUAAAGUCAAUGGGAAAGAUGGUAGGGAAAGUUGCAAGUCAGUCACCUUUUCCUUAAAAACUAGUGAUUUGCUUAGCGGCAAAAAGCUCAUAAAACUGGGUCAGGCCACGUCUCAUUUAAAACUGCAUUGCUUAACAACAAAUUUUCCAGCUCCAGUUGUGGUCCUAAGUUGAAGACUACCAGUAGGUCUAGUGACUAAGAGAUGAGAUUAAGGCAGAGGCCUGGAGUUCUUGUCCUGCCUUAGAUACAAAACCCAACUGAGUGACUUUGAGGCAAGUGGUCUCUCAGCCUUAGAAAGAAGGCACUAGCAAAAUAUUCUAGAAAAUUGCAAUCACGAUUUAAGUUGAAGGCCCCAAACAAAUUUUCUUACCCAUAUCUUCAAUUUAGUCUUGACUCCUGACAAGUCCCUGGACAAGGCCUUUGCUGUCUUGACAUUUUUAAAAGUAGUUUACCAUUACCUUCCUAGGAUUAAGAAAGAGUAAGCUGGUCCAAGUCGCCCAGCUGACUUAGUGCCUAAGGUGGAACUAGAACUCUGCUUUUUAGUCUGGUCUGGCUUUAACCACCACACCAAACUGACUGUCUUAACUAUGAAUGUUACUCCACAUUGUUGGUUUCUUGUUAUGACUUAGCUUUUAAUCUUAUUGGUAUCUAUCAUGCUAGAGUGCUGUUUCAGAAGUUACUGGUUAGUUUAAAGCAUGUAGUUAGCAUAUUCAUGAUUACAAAUAAAACAGAAGUAACUUCAUCUCAGAGUAACUAUAAAAUUAAUUUUUGAUAUUUUAAGUUUUUUUAAAUUAAAAAAGUCACUUCAUUCCUGAUAUGCAGGUAAUAAGUAAUAAUGUAAUGCCUUUAUAGGUAAAAAUGGAACUAUAAGUACUGGAAUCAAAGUGUUCAACUGAAAACUGUUACUGAAGUAAUUUGAAUUUGUAAUAUUUAUGUAAACACUAAUGUGAAUUACCUCUGUUAAGACUAUUACUGUAUUUUAAAAAUGUAAAGCAAAUGUUCAUUUCUGUAUAAAUGAGAAAUGUUGGAUUUGUGAGUAUAUGUGCUUUAAAGAAAUAUAAAAGUCUUAAUAGAC